AUGAGCAAGAUGUAUGGCGGAGAACCUGAUUAUUUUGACAUUGCCGCUAUUUAUGAAAUUAAGUUUCCUCCUUCGCUUUGGAAUAACUUAACCGAGGAGCAAAAGGAAUUAGCCAAGAAAAAAGGACAUAGUGAAUUAAAACUAAAAGAUGAAGUUCAAAACUACAAAUUCACUAGGUCUAACACUGUCCGAGGCGAACUAGAUCCUGAUGACCUUAGCAAUUUAGAUAAUAAUGCUCUAUUUUAUGGAGCACCAAGAACCGGGAAAUCAGUCAUGGCUGAGAAACUUGCUUAUGAGGCUGAUAUAUAUCCAUUAGUUGUUAUUCAAGGUUCAACUUUAACCCCCAAAAAACCUGAUAACGAUAUUGGUGCUACUCUUUUGAUAAAGUUUAUUUACACUAUUAGUGAUAUAACUCACAAACUAGUAGAAGACUUUGGUUUCGAAAGAGCCGAAGAUGGCGAAGCUCGUUAUAUCCUAUUUUUGGAUGAAGCUGACCAAAUAUGCACAACUCAUUUGCUACCUCCAAAAGAUGCUUCUUCUCAGUUAACGUUCCUUAAAGAGUGCAUGGGUAGCGAUAGUAAAGAUGAAGAAAGAGAGUUUAUGGGAUAUGCUAGCGAUGCCGGAAUUAGUAAUCAAUUUCCUCAGCACUUUUUGCCGUUUUGGCAGAAAUUUAUUGAUAAAAAUCCCGAAGCGGAACUAAAAGACAGUAGUCAGUUGGAUAAUUUUGAUGGCAAAUUCACUAACCCUCGUGACCCUAAGAUAGAAGAAGUAAUAAAGGAGAGUUCAAUAUUGGCGGCUAAUCAAAUUAGUAAAGCCAUAGAUACCCGUUUGAAGCAAGUUGAUGAAACAAUUACCAAAAUAGAGGAUGAAAUAACAGCAGCCAAUACUGCUUACAGUAGAAUUAUAAAAGAAUCAGUUGAAGAAAUAACAACCCUCUUAUCAGCAACAGGAGGGAAAUUAACCCGUGAAGCACUAGAAGAGCAAGAAAGAAAAAAUAAAGAGUUAGAAAAGGAAUUAGAACAGGCUAGAAAUAAAGUCAACGACCCUAAUCUUUCCGAAGAAGAAAGAGCCAAAAAUCAAAUACCAAAAACCGAAACGGUUCAAGAAUUAAAAGACGAAUAUAAAGUUCCUUCUUUUGAGGAUAUGAAAAAUUAUGAGAAUGAUGGUAAUUUAAAUUACGAUGAUUUAAGUGGUGGUGAUAUUGGUGAAGUGAAGGGUUAUGGACCAACUUAUACUUCAAACUCUCAGAUAAUAACGGGAGAAAUUCCCCAAGUGCGUUGA